GAGCUGGUGGUGGCGACUGGCAAGUGGUGACACAGGCAAGGCAAGGCAAUAGGGCCCAUUACAUGAAUAGUGGUAGUACUUGUCGGCAGAUAAUAUUUGGACAAGUAACAAUAAUUUUAUAGUUUUUAAUUUUUUCAGAAAAUUUAGAAAAUGUUGCCUUCUAUAGGAAUAAUUUUCUUAGUUGGGUUUAAUUUAGUUUAUGCCGACAGUGUUCUGGAAUUAACUGAUCAAGACUUCUCAUCGAGAGUUGCAGAGCAGGAAACUGUGCUUGUGAUGUUUUAUGCCCCUUGGUGCGGCCAUUGUAAAAAGCUGAAACCUGAAUACGAAAGAGCUGCAGCAAUGUUAGAGGACAAUGAUCCUCCCAUUGCUCUUGCCAAGGUAGACUGCACAGAAGCUGGUAAAGAAUCAUGUAACAAGUUCUCUGUAUCUGGCUAUCCUACCCUCAAAAUUUUCAGAAAUGGGGAAGUUUUGAAAGAGUACAAUGGGCCAAGAGAUGCAGGUGGCAUUGUAAAAUACAUGAAGGCCCAGGUUGGUCCCAGUGCUAAGGAUAUCAAGACUGUUGAAGAAUUUGAACAGUUCAUCAGCAAAGACGAAGUUGGUAUUGUUGGAUUCUUUGAGAAGGAAACGGACCUGAAGGGAGAGUUGUUGAAAGCUGCAGACAAACUUAGAGAGAAAGUACGCUUUGGUAUUUCGACUGCUGCCGAAGUUUUAGAGAAACAGAAGCUAAAGGAUGGUAUUGUGUUAUUCCGAGCCAAGAACUUACAAAAUAAAUUUGAAGACAGUUCAGUCACUUACAGUGGAUCGUCUAGCAAAGCUGAUAUUGAAUCAUGGGUUGACAAAAAUUACCAUGGCCUGGUUGGACACAGGACUAAUGAAAAUCGUGCAGACUUCAAGACACCUUUAGUUGUUGCUUACUAUGGUGUUGACUAUGUUAAGAACCCUAAAGGCACAAACUAUUGGAGAAACCGUAUCCUGAAGGUUGCCAGGGAGUUCAGCAAAGACUUCAACUUUGCUGUCAGUGCCAAGGAUGAGUUCCAGCACGAGCUGAACGAAUACGGGUUCGACUACGUUCCAUCAGACAAGCCCCUGGUGCUGGCUCGUGAUGCCAACAACAAAAAGUUUGUCAUGAAGGAUGAAUUUAGUGUUGAAAACUUUGAAAAGUUCCUGAACGAUUUUAAAAAUGGCAACCUGGAACCUUACCUCAAGUCAGAGCCUGUCCCCGAAGACAACAGUGGUCCAGUUAAAGUCGCUGUUGCCAAAAACUUUGAUGAGGUGGUCACUGACAACGGCAAGGACACUUUGAUCGAGUUCUACGCACCAUGGUGCGGCCACUGUAAGAAAUUGGCACCUGUUUGGGAUGAACUGGGAGAUAAGAUGAAAAAUGAAGAGGUUGAGAUCGUAAAGAUGGAUGCCUCCAACAAUGAUGUUCCUGGACCUUACGAGGUUCGAGGGUUCCCAACCCUUUACUGGGCUUCCAAAGACUCAAAAUCCAGCCCAGUGCGAUAUGAGGGUGGACGAGAACUCAAUGACUUUAUCAAGUACAUUGCCAAGUCUGCUACCUCCGAGCUGAAGGGAUAUGACCGCAAGGGCAACCCAAAGAAAACCGAGCUGUAGAUAAGUUCAUCCUAACUCGUGGACUGUGAUGGCGUUGUGUGCAUCGAUGACUGAACAUUAUUUAAUAACUAGAGUGAGAAAUAUUUGUGGUUUUUUAAAGACAUGGCAGGGUUUGUUUCUUCCAGGUUGUUAGAUGUGGUAAAUGAUGAUGCAUUUAAAAUGGCUUGCAUUAAAAAUGCACAUAUAUUGAAUUGUCAAUUUUUACUAUUUGGAUUAACAGCUGGGGUGCAAAGUUCAUUGUAAGCAUCGUCUUAAGUUGUCAAGUAUAAUAAAAGAUUUUUUUACUUGGUAAAUUUGAUUUCUAUUUUCUUAAGAAUAAAGCUUUUUUAGUUGUUUGUGAAAGUUGGUAAUUAAUUGUAAAAAUUCAUUCAGAGAAAUGAUCAGAAUCAACUCAACAUCAAGGACACAGAAUGUUUUUUUUACCUUCACAAUGUUAUUUUGCAAUAUUUGUGUGAUAAUCCAAUCUGUUAGGUUAUCAGUGUUAGCAUAAAUUAUUAUUAACAAUUAGCGUAGAAUAUUUCAAUGGCACAUAUAGAAUGUAAGCUUUUUUAAAGAGGUUAUUUUGACAUCAGCUUUAUUGGCAAAAUUAAAGUUUUAAUUUAUGAAUCUCCAGAUAAUAAAUGAAUAUAUAACUUACAUAAAAGAGGUGCAAAUAAUUCAUGCAAGUCAUGCAGACAAGAAGUCAGAAAGAAAUCCCAUAGGCAUGUAGAUUGAACAAGAUUUUCUUCACAGCAAGACUUUUUACAGACAAUUGGUUGUAAUGAGAUGAGCAUUCAUGUACAUGAAAAACAUGUUGACUUAUGAUAUGUAAAUAAAUUGUCUUAAAUUUGGUGUCAAUAUUUUAUAGAGUGAUUACCAAUUAUUCCCUAAGCAUUAGAUAUUUCCCUUACUCAUUCCAAGAUUUUAAUUGCUGUUUGUAUUCUAUUAAUUUUGUUAAUAAAAGAUAUUUUCAGUA